AAGUUCAAGUCCCCAUCCAAAAAAACCAGCACAAGGCCGGCCUCCCGCUCCCCUUUACUGCAGCAGCAUAGCACUGCUCUGGGGUGGAAAGUAGCGGUGAUAGACUUUAGUUUGUGCUUUUAUCCGGGUAAGAGGGACCAGACAGGCGCGUUAUAACCGAGUAAGCUGUGGGAUACUCGGGGAAAGCCCCCCAUAUAGAGUGCACGGUGCGGUGGUUGUCAUGGUUACCGAGAGCGGCUGCAGGCCUGAGCCCCAAGGAGGAGGCAACUCUCACUGAUCCGGCCAGGAGGGGCUACACUAAGGGGCAUCUGCUCCCCCAGGAGGUGCCAUAGACCCAGCGAGCAGGGAAGGGAGACCACAUCGCUCAGCAUGGAGGACGGCUACUCCAGCUACAGCAGCAGUCUGUAUGACACCACCUCUCUCUUACAGUUCUGCAAUGAUGACAGCGCCUCUGCCUCAAGCAGCAUGGAGGUGACGGAUCGCAUUGCUUCGCUGGAGCAACGUGUGCAGAUACAGGAAGAUGAGAUCCAGCUGCUAAAGUCAGCAUUGGCUGAUGUUGUUAGACGGCUGAAUGUUUCAGAGGAACAGCAUGCCAUGCAGAACAGGAAAGGGCCCACCAAAGAUCAAAAUAUGCAUAAACGGUCAGAUGCCGACAAGCCGCGGUGUACAGCUGGUGCAGCAAGACCUCUGGUUCAGACUCUGCCUUUGAGAGCUUCUGUCAACAGUGACACCAUUUUACCAAAGAAACCUAGUGGCUCUCUCCCUUCUCCUUCAGGUUCCAGGAAGGAUCUUGUGCUAACAACUUCUAAAACCACAGUUAAAAGAACCAAUUCAACUGAACGAAUCUCUCCUGGAGGAAGAAGAGAAAGCACCGGAGAUGCAAAAAACAACCGGAACCGGGCUGGGUCCACUAGCAGUUCUUCAAGUGGGAAAAAAAACAGUGAAAACAAACCCAAGGAGCCUAUGUUCUGCGCUGGGAAGCGCCGUGUGACUCACUGCAAAGAGGAAGGUUACGUGAAGAUGUUCCUUCGAGGUCGUCCUGUUACGAUGCAUAUGCCCAAAGACCAGGUUGACUCAUACAAUUUGGAAGCUAAAGUUGAACUACCUACCAAGAAACUUAAACUCGAGUGGGUCUACGGUUACAGGGGGCGCGAUUGUCGCAACAACUUGUAUCUUCUACCUACUGGAGAAACGGUGUAUUUUAUUGCUUCCGUAGUUGUGUUGUAUAAUGUUGAAGAGCAACUUCAAAGACAUUACACUGGUCAUAACGAUGAUGUGAAGUGCCUUGCUGUCCAUCCUGAUAAAAUCACCAUAGCAACAGGCCAGGUUGCAGGUACAUCUAAGGAUGGCAAACAACUGCAACCACAUGUACGUGUUUGGGAUUCUGUGACACUAAACACUUUGCACGUUAUUGGAAUGGGCUUCUUUGACCGCGCAGUCACCUGUGUUGCUUUCUCUAAAUCUAAUGGUGGCAGUAAUCUCUGUGCUGUGGAUGAUUCCAAUGACCAUGUGCUCUCCGUGUGGGACUGGCAAAAAGAAGAAAGGCUGUCUGACGUCAAGUGCUCAAAUGAAGCUGUGUUUGUGGCCGAUUUUCAUCCAACUGACACAAAUAUCAUAGUGACAUGUGGGAAAUCCCAUCUUUACUUCUGGACGUUAGAAGGAAAUGCUUUGAUUAAGAAACAAGGAUUGUUUGAGAAACAAGAAAAGCCAAAGUUUGUACUGUGCGUCACCUUUUCAGAAAAUGGUGAUACCAUUACAGGUGACUCUAGCGGAAAUCUCCUUGUUUGGAAAAAAGGUACCAACAGAAUAAGUCACGCUGUGCAAGGAGCCCACGAAGGGGGAAUAUUUGCCCUUUGCAUGCAGAGAGAUGGAACAUUGGUAUCUGGGGGAAAAGAUCGCAAGCUCAUUUCAUGGGAUGGAAACUAUCAGGCACUUAACAAAGUUGAGAUUCCAGAGCAGUUCGGUCCUGUGCGUACUGUAGCAGAGGGAAAAGGAGAUGUUGUGCUCAUUGGCACAACAAGAAAUUUUGUACUUCAAGGCACUUUAUGUGGAGAUUUCCACUCAAUUACCCAGGGUCAUACUGACGAGCUAUGGGGACUUGCUGCUCACGCCUUAAAACCUCAGUUCUUAACCUGUGGUCAUGACAAACACAUAACAUUAUGGGACGCCAUCAGUCAUCGCCCAAUAUGGAACAAAAUCAUAGAGGAUCCAGCUCAAUCUUCAGGGUUCCACCCAAGUGGUUCUGUUGUAGCAGUAGGGACUCUCACUGGGAGGUGGUUUGUUUUGGACACUGAGACCAAAGAUUUGGUUACCGUCCAUACAGAUGGGAAUGAGCAGUUAUCUGUGAUGUGUUACUCACCAGAUGGAAAUUUUCUUGCAAUCGGUUCCCAUGACAACUACAUCUAUAUUUAUGCUGUUAAUGAGAAUGGAAGAAAAUAUAGUCGAAUUGGAAAAUGCUCAGGACAUUCCAGUUUCAUUACUCACUUGGAUUGGUCUGUGAAUUCUCAGUAUUUGAUGUCCAAUUCCGGGGACUAUGAAAUCCUAUACUGGAUUCCCACAGCCUGCAAGCAAGUCGUAAGCGUGGAAACAACUAGAGACAUUGAGUGGGCAACAUAUACCUGCACUCUUGGAUUCCAAGUCUUUGGUGUAUGGCCGGAAGGUUCAGAUGGUACAGACCUGAAUGCAAUCUGCAGAUCCAAUGGCAAGAAGAUCCUGGCUACUGGGGAUGAUUUUGGCAAAGUUCACCUCUUCUCCUAUCCUUGCUCACAGUUCAGAGCAUCGGGUCACGCUUAUGGCGGACAUAGCAGUCACGUCACCAAUGUGAACUUUUUAUAUGAAGACAGCCAUCUAAUAUCUACCGGUGGGAAGGAUAUGAGCAUUAUGCAGUGGUGUAUCAUUUAGAGAACUACACUACGUUGCAGAGACUGACUUCUUACCAACACCUGCCUUCUUGCACUACCUUUGGGCUGUAUAAGUAGCGUCUCUGAACUCUUGAAAGGACUCUUCUCAGGAACAAACCCUCUUCGCCUGUGACCUAGCCUGACAUUCAAUAAAGGUCAACUCUUUGUGACUGGGGCAGCCUACACUUUGAAUUCUGCAAAUAAACGUUACUUUUGUAAUCUUGCAAAAUGCUUGAAGGUUUACAUUGCGUUCAGAUGUUAUGUUAAAUGUUUGUAUAAUGUAUUGUAAAUGUGUAACAGCAGGCCUUGUACAAUAAUAUUCACACAUACUGCACUUCUUAUUUUGCCGUUAACAGUAUUUGAACCUGGAUGGUAGAAACGUGGGUACUUUGUGAAUUACAGUGGAGAACCUCCGGAUUAUACCUAACAAUAAAUGUGAAUGAAUGUAUCUAUGAAUACAACUAGUACAUUAUUCUACAAAUGAGGCUAUGCUUAAUGCAGUGCAGCAGCAGACACAUUCCCAGAUAUGUGAUAUAUAGAAAACAUAUUAAAUGUCUCAAACGUCUUUAGAAUGCUCUUGAGUGUCCCUUAUGAUUAUGUUCCAUAAGUAGAUGACCCAUUUCUACUUUCAUGGCUCCAAAUUAGGAAGCUUCAGAACUCCUGGAGCUGUUCAGUGACGCUUAGAUGCUUUAUUUUCAGAAUGUAGUAAUUUUUCAUGAAUGAGUACAUCCAUUUCUAUAUUGAGAAGGAAAGUAUAAAUGUAAUAUUUGGCUCUUGGUGAAGGACUUUUUAUAAGAGGCAUGUAAAUCUGCUUAGUAGCUACAUGCAUGCUGGGAAGACGCAAGUUCUUGAACAGAUAUCCUAUGGGUCUGUUCAGGAUCUAAAUGACAGUGACUCAGACCUUAAUACUGUAGAUAGCCAAUGAAUUGGUGUUUGUAGUGUUCUGUCCGACCAGUUAUCACCUGAAAAAUGGUCUUCUGAACCUAAACACCAUUUUAAAAGAGCAUACAUAUGUUAGCGUUUGGAAAAUUUCCCCAGCUGAAAACAGCACCAAAGACCUUACUGCUUUUUGCUCUUUACGCUGCCCUCCAAAUGCACUCAUAUAUUAAUAUUGUCUCUUGAUUGGCUACGUAUGCCUGUAUUCCUUAAAGGGGCAUGAAAGUAAAUAGUAUACUGGCACACUGCAAUAUUUUUAAAGGGGUGAUUUAGCUUUCUAUUAACACUAGAUUGGGACUUCUAGAACGCCCCCUGGUAGCAAUCCAAUUAACACAACCUAUUGCAAAGACUAUACCUGCGUCUGAGCAGGUGUACAUGAUGCUGGUCUCUGCGGGCAUACUAUAUAUAACUGUUUAAGUGGUCAGUAGGUUGAGUAGGGUCUUACGUCCCUUUUAAGCUAUCAGGUGUAAUCUUUUGUACUCUCCCGCUUAUGCUUAGACAACAGUAUACAAAUCCAAUAACAAUCUUUGUGAAUGCUGCUGAAUUACACAACAAAACUAUCAGAGGCCUACAUUUGAAUGUAGCAAAGUGCCUUUCCUGUGUUGCAAUCUGUGUCUAUUACCGAGUGGCAUUUUGAUAUUUAUCCGUAAUGUACAACUAAUUGUUGAUUUAAGAAGUUGCUGCAGUGGCCUGGUGAAAUGUUGGUUAAAUAAUUUAUUGCUUGACCUGCUUAAAACAAAUUUCCUAUUAAUGUAAGAAUGUCCAAAUGAGCUGUUUUGAAUAUUCCAUGUACAUUUAUCACACAAACUGUACUGAGCUUUCACUGUAUAAAGUUUUAUCAGAAAUUAAUAAUUGUUAAUACCAUGCUUAAUGUUUUAUCCCUGUGAGUCUUGUAUAUUUGUAUUUUAAACGUGAAAUAUAAACAUAUAAAAUCUUUUUAAGUGUCCAGUAAGUUUGCAUGAAAGGAAACAAAAAUUCAUACAAACUUAACGUACCAAGGAUUGGCCAAAUGUAUGGCUAGUAAUCAAUACAAGAUUGUAAAAGGAUUAUAUAAAAGCCCUAUUUGAUUGAGGUUUGAAAUGCAUUGUUUACAUGAAAAAAAAUGUAACAAAAAAUAAAUUUGAAUUCAUCAAAAA